AUGCUGAAAAUGCAUAAGCAGUAUGGCGACAUUGUCCGUAUUGCGCCGGAUGAACUGGCCUUCUCGCACCCCGAUGCCUGGCAAGAUAUUAUGGGCCACCAGAAAGGACAAGCUGAGUUCUCAAAGGCAACAUGGUUCUACCGUCCAGUCGAGGACCAACCGCCACAUGUGGUCAACGAAAGCAGGGAACAACAUGGGCGUCUCCGCCGGCAAAUGGCUCAUGGUUUCUCUGAAAAGGCAAUGCGAGAGCAGGAGCCAAUGAUCCGUGCCUAUGUUGAUAUGCUGCUUGACCGAUUACAUGACUUUUGCAAGUCUCGUAAAACGGUCAUUCUUUCCGAUUGGUACAACUAUACCACUUUCGACAUUAUUGGAGACCUGGCAUUUGGUGAGCCGUUUGGUUGUCUUCAAGGAUCAAACCUUGAUGGAUGGAUCAAGGGAAUUUUCGACGCUGGUCGACUUGGCAUCAUAUUGCAAGCACUCUCGUUCUAUCCACUCGUGAAGCGAACUCUAUUAUCAAUGGUGCCUGCGUCAAUGAAAGAGGCUCACGAGAAACACAAAAAGCUCACUGAAGAGAAGAUGAUACGACGGAUGGAAAAGGAAGAGGGUCGACCCGAUUUGAUUGAGGGACUUUUGAGAAAAAGGGAGGAGCUGAACCUGAGUAUCGAUGAACUCAUUGCAAAUGCUGAAAUUCUCAUCAUCGGUGGUUCCGAAACCACAGCCUCAUUAUUAAGCGGAGCCACAUACCUCAUCCUAACGAACCCAGCUGCCUAUAAGAAGUUGAAGGAGGAAGUGCGUACUGUCUUUCAAAGCCCGGAAGAGAUCAACCUGAUCUCUGUUAACAAGUUGCCCUACAUGCUUGCAUGUCUCGACGAGGCAAUGCGCAUGUAUCCACCGAUUGCGAACGGCCUACCCCGUAUGUGUCCUGAGGGGGGUGCGAAAGUCUUGGGUGAAUAUGUUCCGGCAAACACUUACGUUUCGGUUCAUCAAUGGGCACUUUAUCGGCGCGAAGAGUAUUUCAAGGAUCCUAACUCAUACCACCCAGAGAGAUUUCUGGGGGAUCCGUCAUUUGCUGACGAUCGCCGAGAGGUAUUACAACCAUUCCAUAUUGGGCCCAGAAAUUGUCUUGGAAGAAAUCUUGCAUAUAGCGAGAUGCGUCUCAUUCUUGCCUUGAUUAUAUUCAACUUUGAUAUCGAGAUUGCCGACGAAGCCCGGGAUUGGAUCAAUCAGAGGAACUACCUGAUGUGGGAAAAGGGCCCAUUGAAGGUUCAUUUAACUAAGGCGUAA